GACACGGUCACCAUCCGCACCAGGAAAUUCAUGACCAACCGACUGUUACAGCGGAAGCAGAUGGUCAUUGAUGUCCUACACCCUGGCAAGGCCACCGUGCCAAAGACGGAAAUUCGAGAGAAACUGGCAAAGAUGUACAAGACCACCCCAGACGUUAUCUUCGUGUUCGGGUUCAGGACCCAUUUUGGUGGCGGCAAGACGACUGGCUUCGGCAUGAUUUAUGAUUCCUUGGACCACGCGAAGAAGAAUGAGCCCAAGCAUAGAUUGGCGAGACACGGCCUGUACGAGAAGAAGAAAACUUCGAGGAAGCAGCGGAAGGAGCGCAAGAACAGGAUGAAGAAAGUCAGGGGCACCGCCAAGGCCAACGUUGGCGCUGGCAAAAAGAAGGUAACGCUGGAGAAACUGUGUAAUGUACUGUGGCAGCCCCGUAGCAUAGUUCUGCUCACAUGUAGAGUAGCACAGAAAGCUUUGCACGCCCACUUCCUGCCCAACACCCCCACAGGUGCUCCCCUUAGUGCCAAGUGGCCACAUUGGUUCUGGAAUCUUCCUGGGGGCUAGCCAGAGCCCCAUCAGGAAAAGCUCCUUUUGCUGCUGAUUGGCAAAGCUUUGUCAUGGGGAAUACAUCUGGGUUCCCCAAGCCUGAUUGGAGCAGCAGUGAAAUCAAUGUGGCCCAAGGCUCGCUCGCACUCAGUAGGCUGAAGAGGGGGAGUAGGUCUCAGUGGCCUCUCUGAUGCUAGCCAUGAGCUAUAUUCUCUCCAGCCAGCAGCCCUGUACCAGCUUUGCUAGCCAACUGCAAGUAGUUGGUUGAAUGGAAUGAAGGCAGGGGGUGGGUAAAUCAACAAAUAAUCAAGUGUUCUGUGCACUUUUUUGUUUUUUUGCCUUUCUCUACGUGCUUGGAUUUC